CCCCCUCUCGCACCCUCCUCCCAUCACAGUCCUAUCCAGAAUCUUCCCCCGUCCCCCACUCUGUUCAGUCAGUGAAGUUAAACCGCAGGGUUUAUUCGUGGUCCCAGAAUCAGCGGCGUCUACAGGGCUGAUCUGCAACAUCGGAGAAGAAGAUGGCACCCUUCCUGAAAAGACUUUGGAAGCUGAAGAAUGCUUUUGUGAUUGUUCUCACUCCGCUUCUGCUAUUGCCUCUGCCGUUGCUCAUCCAAACCAAGGAGGCUCGCUGUGGCUAUGUGAUCGCUCUCAUGGCAGUGUACUGGUGUACCGAAGCAAUGCCCCUGGCUGUCACCGCCCUCCUGCCAGCUGUGCUCUUUCCCAUGCUGGGGGUCCUGGAGUCGGGAAAGGUGUGUAUGCAGUACCUGAAGGACACCAACAUGCUGUUUCUGGGCGGGCUGAUGGUGGCCGUGGCUGUGGAGCACUGGAAUCUGCACAAGCGCAUUGCUCUGAGAGUGCUGCUCGUUGUGGGGGUCAGACCAGCGCUGCUGAUGCUGGGGUUCAUGGUGACCACGGCCUUCCUGUCCAUGUGGAUCAGCAACACGGCCACCACUGCCAUGAUGGUGCCCAUCGUCCAUGCCGUGCUGGAGCAGCUGGACUCCAGCGAGGCCGAGGCCAGGGAGCUCGCACCCGAGUCCGGGGACAACACCAGCAUCAAGCUCAUGGAUGUCCAGGUGGUAGAGAACGGGGGUGCGGUAACAGAGUCAGGUGACCAUGACAACGCUGCGGCGCGGAAGAACAUGUGUAAAGGGAUGACGCUGUGCGUGUGCUACGCGGCCAGCAUCGGAGGCACGGCCACGCUGACGGGCACCGGGCCCAACCUCGUACUGAAGGGCCAGAUGAACAGGCUGUUCCCUCAGAACGGUGACAUCAUUAACUUCGCCUCCUGGUUUGGCUUCGCCUUCCCCAACAUGAUAAUCAUGCUGACCCUGGCCUGGCUCUGGUUGCAGUUCGUCUUCAUUGGAUUCAACUUCAAGAAGACGUGGGGCUGCGGCACGAUGAAGUCGGAGAAGGAGCUUGCUGCCUACAACAUGAUCAAAGAGGAUUACCGAUGCCUGGGACCGGUGUCCUUCGCAGAAAUGAACGUCCUGGGUCUCUUCGUUCUGCUCAUCCUGCUGUGGUUCAGCCGAGACCCCGGCUUCAUGCCUGGCUGGGCCUCGCUCCUCUUCAACACAGACUCAGAGUAUGUGACAGACGCCACAAUGGCAGUCUUCGUCGCAGUCCUCCUCUUCAUCGUCCCCUCAAAGAAACCACAGCUCUGCUUCUGGAGAGACGAGAGCAACGAGACGGAUCCCCAGAGCUCCAGCCCCAUGGCCCCUCUGCUCAGCUGGGAGGUGGUUCAUAAGAAGAUGCCGUGGAACAUCGUGCUGCUACUGGGAGGGGGGUUCGCACUGGCCAAGGGGAGCGAGGUGUCCGGCCUCUCCAGGUGGCUGGGCGGUCAGAUGACCCCUCUCCAUACCGUCCCUCCCUGGGCGAUCACUAUCAUCCUGUGCCUACUCAUCUCCACCUUCACAGAGUGCACCAGCAACGUGGCCACUGCCACCCUCUUCCUGCCCGUCCUUGCCUCCAUGUCCCAGGCCAUCGGUAUUAACCCUCUCUAUGUGAUGGUGCCCUGCACACUCAGCGCCUCCUUCGCCUUUAUGCUGCCUGUGGCCACGCCCCCCAACGCCAUCGUCUUCUCAUACGGGUACCUGCAGGUGUCUGACAUGGUGAAGGCUGGAUUGGUGAUGAACAUCAUCGGGAUCCUCUGCAUCACGCUGUCCUUCAACACCUGGGGACGCUUCAUGUUUGACCUGAACACCUUUCCACAAUGGGCCAACACCACGGGGGUCUGAAGCACCGAUCGAGAAGUGAUUGGGGACCCGGGAGGAGAGAUCAAGAGAGGAGCCUCCCCCCCUGGAUAUCUUGUUGUUGGGGGGCUGGUUUUGUACUCUUUUAUGCACAUUACAUAUUAUUAUGUGUUUAUUUAGCAGAUGUCUUUAUCCAAGGCGACUCACAGAGACUAGGAUGUGUGAACUAUGCAUCAGCUGCUGAAUCACUUACACCACUCAGGGUCACACAGGGCUUGUAACCCCCUGAUUACAAGCCCUUUUCUUUAACCAUUGGACCACACAGCCUCCUACAGUUGCUUGCAUUAUAUUUCAAUGAUAUGUUUAUAAAAUUGCUAUUCACAUUUGUAUAUAAGUAUGUUUCAAACCAGAGUGGCCUAACUUUCUGUUUCAGAAUCGUAUUGCAGACUGAUAAUCAUGUCAACAGACCCUCAACUCAACCAUACUGUGCACAGCCAGUCAGAUCUUUAGAAUGUGUUUCAUCUUGAUUUUUAAUACAGAGUAACGUGACACUAAUUCUAUUCAACAGUUACUGAAAUGUACAUUCCACCAUGCAAGUUCACCUAAAUGAAUCCUUUGGCAUGUGCCUUGAUUCUAACAUAGUAAGGAUCCUACUUUCCUCCAAACCAGCUGGAAAAAAACCUUCAGGACAGAAAGUGUAAAUUCUGUAAAGUGAUCAGAAUAGCACUCAAUGAUUACCAUUAACCAGCCCUCUCUAUCAAUACUGAUAACAGAACACAUUAUAUUGGAAUAUGUAGUGCAUUCAUAAUAAUAAUAAUAAUAAUAAUAAUAAUAAUAAUAAUAACAAGGGGUGGUUUUAUGCUGUACUAUAUGUAAUCUGUUUUUAAUUAAAAGAAAAACGAAUAUAUGUAAAUAAAUGUUUUGUUUAUAUUAUUUUGUUAUUCAAAACUGGAUGACUAUGACUAUUAUUAUACCAAUGCUUGCAUCUAUAAUUUAAAAAAAAAAUCUCAAUCAUAGAUUCUAAGUUAAAAAAUAAAAUAAACGAUUUGAAUUGCC